AUGGGAAAAGAACAAUUGAACAAGGAGCCACAGAAUAGAUAUCAUCCCUAUUCAGACAAUCGGAAAUCAAAGAAGGAUGAUUUAGAGGAGGAGGAUGAUAUUUAUUUCUUUGAAACGUGGUACAUUCCUAAACAUAUGAUUACUAGUAUUUUACAAUUUUUGGAUUUGAAAAGUCUAGUUGAAAAAGGAUUAUUAAUUAAUAAGAAAUUUUAUAGAGUGAUAUGUGAUGAUUGUGAAGGAGUUCUGUGGGAAACUUUUUGUGUCAAACAGGCUGCAUGGCUAAAGCCACUUUUCAAUGAUCUUAAAAAAUCAUUACAAACGAGAAAACACAAAUGGAUGAGAUUUAUGUCAAUAUUUACAAAUAAUUAUAAUCAAUGGGAUAACACUCCAAACUAUUCACCAACCAUAGAUGUAGAUUUUAGAUUAUAUAAUAAUAGUACUGAUGCUCAGGAAACAAACUCACAACAGAUCGAGGGGAGCAGCAAUGCUUGCCAAACUGUUAAGUAUUUGGGAAUUACAAAAAAUACAAGUUGCUCAUCCACAUAUGAAAUUAACUCUCAGACUGUAAAGUGCUUUCAUAUCAGAUUGGAUUGUAAACCUUCCAAAACUAAUGUAGGACUAGGAAUAGCCGAAAAAAGUUUCUUACUGUUGGAACGAAAGUUUGUUGGAUUUAACCCUUACAAUGCCGGAUGUUCGAGCAAUGGAAGGGCAAGACAUUAUUUCCCCAAUGUUCAAGAAAGGUAUUCAGAAGCUACAUGCGGUUUUUUCUUUGAGGGGGAUAUAAUUUCAAUAGUUGUAGAUAUGUUAGGAAGGAGCGUUUCAUUCUAUAUUAAUGGAACAUUCUCUCAUGAGUUCAAAAAUAUACAAUUUAGAGGGCUUAUGGAUACUUAUAGAAUUACAGCAACCAUGUUUUCUUCUGGAGAUCAGUUUAGUUUCGUACAGGAAUCUAGGCUUGGUGUUCCUGAGCUACUUUUAAUUUAUGACCAGUGUGAAAAAUCAUACGAAACAUAUCACGUUCAUCUUAAAAGUAUUAAGGAAGAGUUUAGAGAGGUAGCAGAACAAUUCAUGCGCGACUGUGAUGAUCUUGACUUUAUUUCAACAUCAAUGGCAACAAUGAAGAGCUUUAUUAACAAAUUUAAUAAUGGUAGUAAAAAUUAA